AUGAUGGCGAACGACAAGUGCGGCGCAUCCCUCUGCACACAGUGUUACAAUCGCAUUCACAUGGACGGGCAGAGCCAUGAAGGAUGUAAAUGGUUACUCGGACUGAAAUACUGCUGUCAGAAGCACUUGCGCAGUUUCAUUGGCAUUUUCAAUAGCAGACAGGAUGAAUGUCUACCUUUGGAGACAUUGAUGAAGAAGACGCCAAAUUUCAACCCAGAGGCAAGCUCGAGAAUCCCAGAUGAAGUUCUCGAUGAAAGAAUUUCGGAAGUCAUGGAAAGCUCCCCACAUGAAGAGACUUGUUUCGAAACUUCGGUAAGAUCAAGCUGGUAUUCGGACAAUUUGAUUCGCUUCUUAUGGCUCUCCUUUAUUGUUGUCUCCUGCUUGACCCUAUUCAUCUCCUACGUUAUCUUCAAGAGAAGGCAUAACAACGUCCUUAGCAGUUCCAGGAGGAGUCUGGAAGCCAACUACCCUGGUUCCUGCCCAUCGCCUCGUCGAGCAAUCAUCCCCUCCACUGUUAUUGGAACACAGAUUUGUCUUCAAGCAUCUGACUCCCAGGAUCCGCUUCUUCCUUCUGAGAGAAAAACUUACCAAGACAACCCUUCAACCAAAUAA